AAUGGGGAUGCAAAAGGAGGAAGUGGGUAGCGUGGAUUAAGAAGAGUGUUGUGUUGUUAGAAUUAGUUCAGUUUUCCCACCAUGAACACCGCAUUUGUGGGACCCUUAACUCCACACUCUUCACAACUCAACCUUUGAUCAACCAAAACCUGUCUUUUAGCGGGCAAACAAACCCUACAUGCAACACAUAUACACUUUAAAGAAACAAUACCAUAGAAGUAAUUUUAAAAAAAACUUAAAUUUUACGCGUCUUUUGAUUUUUCUGGUUUAUGUUCGUCAGAAUCUCUAUAAUAUUAGUUUUUUCAAAUCAUUUUAUAAGUUCUUCUAGAAAAUUUCUAUACAUUUUCUAAACCAGCUUUAAAGGAAAUUUCCGUUUCCCUAAUCUGUUCGCAACUUGGCAUGAAGAGUCUAACUUCUUCUCGUAUAAAAAAUAUUAAUUUGUAUUCUAAUAUUGAACAUAAAAGAUAUAUUCAAAAUGAUAAAGCAAAAUGUUUGUGUUUUGGUCUAUGAAUUUAGGGAGACGGUCAACGACGACGUUUACUAUAUGUUGUUGCAGAGGAAGGUGGUGAUUGUUUUGUGAAUGCUUUUGGUUUGGGAGUUGAGUCGGAAGGCAUGGCUAUAGGUGAAGAAAGACAAGAAUCAGAAUCACAAUCAGAAGGAAAAGUGUGGAAUUUGUUGAAGCUUCCCUUUCGCCAUUCAACUGCUUCAACCUCCAAUUCCCUUUCUUCCCUAGCCAGAUCGCUCCUCCCCACACGACGUCGUCUCAAGCUCGAUCCUUCCAACAAGCUCUACUUCCCUUAUGAACCGGGCAAGCAGGCUAAGAGUGCCAUCAGGAUUAAAAACACCAGCAAAUCCAAUGUAGCUUUCAAGUUUCAAACAAAUGCACCCAAGAGCUGUUUCAUGCGCCCUCCAGGGGGCGUACUUACACCUGGCGAGAGUGUAAUAGCGAUUGUGUUCAAGUUUGUAGAGCAUCCACAGAAUAAUGAAAAGCCAGAAAAAACUGGACUCAAAUUUAAAAUCAUGAGCAUGAAGGUCAAAGGAUCAAUUGAUUAUGUACCUGAAAUGUUUGGUGAGCUGAAGAAGGAUCAAGUAACAGUGGAGCAGAUUUUGCAGGUUGUUUUUCUGGAUCCAGAGCGUAGUAGCCCUGCUUUGGAAAAAGUGAGGCUUCAGCUAGCUGAGGCUAAUGCUGCAGCUGAGGCACGUAAGAGAGCCCCAGAAGAUUCAGGUCCAAAGAUUCUGGGAGAAGGGCUUGUGAUAGAUGAAUGGAAAGAGAGGAGGGAAAGAUACCUGGCAAAGCAAAAUGGUUAAUGGAAUCUAUAUAGAUAAGUUUGAAUAGGAAUUUGCGUUACUGUGGGGAAGGAAGAUGACAUGGCUUUAGGGAAACAAUUAUAUGUAAUCACAAACGUUUGGCUUAGAGAAGAUUCAUGUGGUGAAUGGCUAGUCUGAAGUGUUCUUUUGAAAAAAAAACUAUAAUUGGAUGAGACCACAACACAAGGGUCAGGGUCAUUGGCUUUUCCGGAACGAUAUUUUGAUGGAUUGAUGUAAAAUGACAGUUUCUGUAAGACGAAUGUUUUGCUGUCAUGAUAUAAAUUACUCUUUUGAAUUGAAACAA